AUAAAACUGAACUAUCUCUCAUCGCUUGACGCUUGCUUUUGGGGAUGAGUUGUGGUUUGAGAAAUGUUGUAAACUAGGUAGCCUUCUUCAUUUCAUUUCCAAAGAAAAAUAACUUCAGCUUUAAAACUCAGAGCUAAUCACAUUUGCUAUUUGAAUUACUCCACCUGAACCAGUGAUAGAUUUGCAUCUCUCAGGUUCGUUAAGCUGACAAGGUCUGUAAUGUAUUAUUUCACUCAAUCUCAAUCUCUCAGGGCGGACAGCGUGGAGUUCAUGUCAUCAUUCUCUCCGAUUCUGACGAUGCAAAACAACUCCUCACAUCCCACCACUAACUGUACCCUGUCCAGCACUGAGACCACACAUUUAUUGGUGGCUUAUUUGUUCUUCUUUUCAUUUCCCAUUGCAUUUCUACUCAAUGGAAUAGCAGCAUGGGUGUCUUUUCAUCUCUCACCUACUUCCACCUUUAUAGUUUACUUGAAAACCCUGGUGGGAGCUGAUCUGCUCAUGACACUGAUGAUCCCUCCAAUGGCAGCAAGCAUGCUUCCUGGAGCGGCACUUGAGGUGAGGAGCUUUAACUGCCGUUAUGCCGGUGUGAUCUUCUUCACCAGUUUGUACACAAGCAUCACCCUGAUGGGUCUUAUCAGCCUGGAUCGCUUUUUCAAAAUCGUCAGACCACUUGGAAAAGGGUUUGGACAAAACAUAACCACCAGUAUUAUAAUGAGCUCUUUGGUUUGUGUUGUUUUAUUUGGAAGUACGGCUAUCCCAACUAUAGUUCUAACCGACCAGACUCCUGAAAAUGCAACAAAGGAUAUUUGUAUGUCCAUGAAAGGUCCGGCUGGAAAGACUCUCCACAACUAUGUGGUAACUUCUAUGGAGAUUCUGUUCUGGCUCAUCACUAUAAUGAUUGUAUUUUGCUACAUCUGCAUCACCCUGACAGUCAUGCAGUCCUUCAGAAACUCUGGGAGUAAGAACAACCAAGGAAAAAAGAAGACAAAACUGCGAGUUUUCUCCAUCCUCCUUGUAUAUUUUGUGUGCUUUGUGCCACUGCACUUACUACGCAUUCCUUUCACCAUACAUGAAACGUUUGACACAAGUUUCUGUACUCCAGAGGGACUUCUGAUCGCUCACCAAGUGUCUGUCUGGGUCUCUUCAACCAAUGCUUGCUUGGAUCCUUUUCUCUAUAUCCACUUGUGCAGGGAGUACAGAGAAAAGCUGGAUAAGAUGGUGAAAGACAGCAUUGUCUUUGUUAAGUCGCAUUUCCUUACAAAAAAAUCUAACCAGUAAAAAAAUGAAAAAGUAACAACCUAAACAAAAAGGAUUUUUUUUUUGGCUCUUAAGAAUUAAAUAUAAGUUAAAAAGAAUACAGAAACAGAGAAUUAGUCUGAGGAGCUGCUUUGAAAUGUUUGUGUUGUAGAGCCAUCUAGUGUCCUAAAGAGAAUGUGCAUUUGUUGUAUUUCAAAGUUUUCAAUUAAUGUAUAUCAGACAUUGAAUCAUAUAUUGUAUAAGCAUAUAUUAAAAUGGUAAAUAUUUGGCAUGCACAUUUAGUUAGAAGUAUAACAGAGAAGCUUUAUGUUUAGAUUUCACAGUCUGUCAGAUCUAAACAUUUUGAAAUGUUGUUUCUUUCGAGAAUGCAGAGUUCAGGAGAUGUGAUGUAAACAUAUAUACAAAUAUAGAACUUGUCCUUGUUUGCAUUGCAUGAGUACGCUGUUGUAGUUAUUCAUCUGAUUUUGUUUCAAUUUAUAUACAUAUUUCUAAUGUUGGUAAAUAGUUAAAUAGAUGAUGAACAUGUGAAACAUUAAGGAAGUUUGAAAAUCGUGUUGCAAAUUUGAUUUGACUUUAUUAUGAACAAUUUUUGCACUUAAGAGCAACACUAUAGAUAGCAUUCAUAGCACUAAUUAUGGUACACACAAAGAAAUUAGGAAAAAAAUCUUUGUAUUUUCCAGUUUUUUCAAAUGUUUUAAUAAACAACUAUGGGGUUUUGUUUUGGCAGCUUUGCUCAUGUUUGGCUGAACAAUGAUACCUUGUGAAAUAACAGAUGAGUUUCAAACAUCCUGAAUGUGUCUGCAAUCAUCAAUAUAUCAAGUGUUAAAGUUUAUGCAUUUUUUAAGGAAUCUAUUAUUCUUCAGAGUGUCAAAUGAGGACAUACAAAAAAAAAAAAAAAA